ACGUUUGCCGUCCGUAUAAUAAAAUAUUCUCUCUCUUUCCUCUGUAUAAAGCUAAGGCAGGCCAGGCAGGAUACUUUGCAAGUAAACCUUAUAACAUGGCAUAAGAGAAGCUUACGCUUACGGGACUUGGGCAUUGAAAUUGGUUGGUUGGUUGGUGGUUCUCCCAUCGCAUCGUCUGAGUUCUCUCUCUCCUACUCAAUAUCCAACUCAACCUCACUCACAUCACAAGCAAAAGCAACGCUCGUUCGUUCGAUUCUUCCUUUGCUGCUGCUGGCUCUGCUGACAUUUAAAAAGAGUUUUAGCACAGUGUACAAGCAAGGGAGCGAGGAGAAGAGAUAAGUAAAACUGCAUACGACGAGACGAGUGAAAGAAGUGACUUUACUUUGUUCCGCUCCUGAAUUUUGCGAGAGAGUCGCUCUCCUCUCUUCCGUAUUGUCCAGUCACAAGAAGAAUUCCGCUUUCUCCAACUUAAUUUUUCUAAACACACGGCGAUUUUUUAUUAUUAUUGUGGAAUUGAAAUUAUUAUUGUCAAGAAUAAUAAUAAAAGGGUGGGAUACUUGAAGAGAUAAAAAAGGAAUAACCAGUCGUUAAAUGAGCAUCGACAAUUUGGACAUUAUCGACAACUCGACAAACUCCAACGGGAGUGGGGGCGGGGGUGAGUCGAACGAGAUGAGUGAAAUCACGACGGCAGCCUUCCUCAGUAAGGGGUCGGAUCAUCAGUUCAAAUAUGUCCUAGGGUUGUAUGAUGAAGCGUUGAAGAUUAAAGCAGAAUCCAAGUCAAAAAAGCCUCAAGAACUGAUUAAACUAGAUCAGUGGUACCAAAAGGAAUUGCCAGUCAAGAUCAAGUCCAGAGGGAAAGACCCAUACAUCAAUCACGAUGAGUUGGUAACUUGCAUGAGAUGGAAGUUGGCUAGGGGUAAAUUCCGUCCCAAGUUGAAGGAGUUGGUUACAAUGAACUCUCCAAGGGUUGUUGAAAAUGAGACCAAGAAAGCCUUCCGAGCUCUAUUUAAGAAAGAUGACCUGGCGGCUGCCAUUCAGUAUAUGUGUAAUCUCAAGGGUGUUGGACCUUCGACGGCGAGCAGCUUGUUGACUGCCGCCGCUCCCGACAAAGCCCUUUUCAUGGCGGACGAGUGUAUCGCAGCGGUUCCCGAACUCGAGGGUAUCGACUACACUCUCAAAGAAUAUCUCGAACUCUUUAAACACGUUCAGCAGGCUGUUGCUAGACUGGGAGGUUCAAGCGAAUGGACUCCACACAAGAUUGAGUUGGCCUUAUGGACUCAUAACGUUCUUUUAACCCUCAAACCUGAUCUUCUUAAAAAUAUACCUGGAGACGGUGAAGGGAUAGUUCCUCCUAUUGGAGUAUUGCAGGAAGACUCAUUAGCGUCUACCAUCUCCUCGGCGGACUCCAAGAUCCUGAGUGAAGAUGGCAAUUCCAAUCUUUCAAAUGCAGGAUCCGUGAGUGACGCUACCGGAAAUGAAGAUUCCAACUUGGGAACAGGAGACGAUUCCAAUUCCGUGGACGCCUUUGUUCAAAGUCACAAGAAAAACGGGCAGUCGGACGGGCAAAUGAACGGCACGGCGAAAAAGAAUGACAUUGUUCCUUCAUCUGCAGAUGUGGUGAACCACCAUAGCGAAGAUGCAAACGAUAACGAAGGCUUCCCUGCUGCAAAGAAGAUGAAACUGGACGAACCAUUACCAGUUCCAGUCCCAAUUGAAUCUGCAUGUAACAACUGAAUUUUGAUAGCCUGACACAAAAGAUGUUGUUGAACUAUUCAUAAUAAUAAUAAAGUAUAUUAAAUAGAAAAUCAAGUGACUAACCCCACUGAGAAAAAACCCCAUCGAUUGAACGAUUGAUUGAGAAGAAGAACAUCGUCAUUCAGAUUUACUUAAUUCAAGGAACUGAGGACUUUUUAUUAUUAUUAUUAUUCUAUAUAGUUUAUUGUUACUGUGUACCAGUUGUUGAUUACCUAUUUAAUUUUUAAUUGUCAUCUCUGUAUUUACCAAUGUAUUAAAUUAUAUGACUUGUUAGUGGGCGAUAGUGAUUUGUAAUAUUAAUAUUAUUGUCACUCUGUUAAAUACGCAGGGAAAUUUCGUUUUUUAAUAACGAACAGGUUACAAAAACUGUAUUUGUAUGUAAACAUUCCUACCAGAGUACGAAUCGAAUAAAUGCUUUGUGGCGGAGUAUCAUUAUUUUCUA